AUGCCGACCACCUUUGAACGGAAUCUCAAUCUAUGUUUCACCAAAAUCAAACGCCCCCAAUCACCACCACCAUCUCCUCCUCCUCCUCCUCCUCCUCCCCACCGCCAUCGCCACCACCAUCGUCGCCGCCACUCCGAACCAUCCCUACACAAUCCCAAAUCUAACCUCAUCAAAAACUUCAACACUCUCUAUGACAUCCCCCCCGCCUCCGAUUCUGACGAUUCAUCAAUCAUCACUGCCCCUGAUUUCUCCACCGCCAUCGCUUCCAAUCGCUUCUUCUUCUCCUCCCCCGGCCGCUCCAAUUCCAUCAUCGAAUCCUCCUCCCCCUCCACCUCCUCCCUAGCCUCCACCUCUUACACUCCUGAGGAUGCCACCGACGGUUUCGUCGGUGGCGGCGUUGCGAUCCCGACGAUCUCGCCGGACCCAUACUUUGACUUCCGGAAAUCGAUGCAGGAAAUGGUGGAGGCACGUGACCUCGUCGAUGUACGCGCCAACUGGGAUUACUUGCACGAGCUACUCACGUGCUAUCUGGAUUUGAACCCGAAAAGUGCUCACAAGUUCAUCGUCGGAGCUUUCGCGGAUCUUCUCGUUACUCUCAUGGAAUCGUCGACGGCAGAAAACGGUGGACGCCGGAAUGUAUAA